UUCGAAAAGGCUCAAGAACUGCCAAGAAGACGCGUCGCCACGGCCACCCGAGCCAUGCCGUGCCAAUCGUUGGCGCUUGCAACGAUGACGAUGUUGUCGUGGCCUGUCAUGUCUGCACCAGUUGCAGUCAUUGGCUGCAACCCUUAUUUGCACCCCACGAGAUUCAUCCAGAUUUCCAACGGCGGCGCCACCUCUGUGGAGAGUUGCACAGCAAGUUGGGACCUCCACGAGGUGGAAUUCUACGAUCGCAAUGGCAACAAGCUGGUGGUCACGGCGCAUAGCAUAACGGAAACCACGGAGCCUCACGUGGCCAGCAACGUGGUCGACGGAGAUAAGUCCACUUAUUGGGCCGGAAAUGAUGAGCAUGGCCUGAGUUGCAGCUGUUGGAAUUCCUCCAAAAUCAACAAGCAGGCCAUCCAGUUUGUGUUGCCGGAAACCUACAUCUCACGCAUCGAGGUCUACCAGGGCAACAACGCACGGUCCAUGGGACACUUCCGGGUCCAUUGUGCUGGAGCUGGUGGCAACUACCGAACAGAUGAUGUGUUGGAAGUUCAUGGCUCUUUGGACCAAACGACACUCACCUUUUCGGAUGCGGGUUGCUUCGUGACCGGUUCUACAGCCGUGGCUGCUUCCUCUUGUGGGACGGAGUCGGGUGGCGAUGGCGAUGCCGGCGAUGCCGGCGAUGCCGAUGGAGGAAAUGGAGGAAACGGAGAUGGAGGAAAUACUCCUGAUCAAGCUAACCAAGCAGAUGGCACAUCGCUCGUUGAUGGAGCAGCACCGCCGGCGGUCCGAGUUUGGAGCGCCGUGGUGGCGCUGCUCCUCACUCUUGGCUGAACGCGCAGUAAGCGAUGGCUUCGACACGCUGCGGUUUCCAACCGCCACCAAAGGUGAACGGUGGAAAUGUCGUUUGAAGUGUUUGAAGUGUAAUUCAGGGCGUUUCAGAAGCAUGUCCAGAUGUGAGUCAGCCAGAAAUGAUGAGCUCAAGCCUGACUUUAGACAUGGUUCAUGCGACAUGCCCUUAAUUUUCCUGCCACAGUUCUUUUAAUGGACAGUGUCAGGGUAUAAAAUUGUGUGCCUUUCAGGUGGACCUGCCUGAUGCAACAGGCAGGAGGCUUUAGUUUUUUCAGAACUGGUUGGCGGUUUCAAAUGAGUCUAAUGUGGG